AGUUGGAGGCAUUAGUCACGUAGAAGUUCUAGUUCUGGGAGGUAGCUUAAACUAAAACAAAGGUAGAAUUCCCUCCCUCAGUUCUCACUAACUGGCUAAAGAUCAUGUCCCAAUUAUCUGCCCUAAGAAAUUUAAGGCAAAUACUCGAGGAAGAGGAACAAAGGUCGAGGGAAGAUGAUGAACAGGAAAAGAUGUCAAGGGAAAAGUUUCGUAAUCGUCAUCUUAACUUUCGCGCCAUCAAUAGUCGCAAUGAGAUUGCUGAUCGUCAACGUUAUGCCAUUUAUAGUGGUAGUAUCCACCGCAAAGAUGGGAUUGAUGAUCGUCCCUAUAUUACUAGUGAUUUCCUCGAUCGUCCUGCCAAUAGGGUCUACACGAAUGGUGGUACUGCCUGUAACUACUACAAAUCCAAUGGUAAAUACUAUGUCAAUGGGGAACAAAAUAAUGGGCCAAUACUGAUUGAUGGUGCAAAGGUAAAGAACCCUAAUGAGAAGGUUGGGGGACAAAAUUUAGCUAGUGAAACUGCUUUGCAACAUCACAACUCUGCCCCAACAAACGGGAAACAAGCAAGUGAGGCAGCACAUGAUAUUGGGGCAGCCGAAGCUGCAAAGGUGAAGAAUCCUAAUAAGAUUGAGGGGGGACACAAAGCUACUCAAACUGCUUUGCAACAUCACAACUCUGUGCCAACGAAUGGGAAACAAGUACAUGAUAUUGGGGAAGCCACAGAAAUGUUGAAGAAGGAAGGUGCUGCAAAGGUGAAGAUGCCUAAAGAGAAGGAGGGGGAACACAAAUUAGCUACUCAAACUCACAACUAUGGGCAAACAGGCCUUAAUACAGAUUACAAAUUAUCAGAAAAAUCGCAAGACUUGAAGUUCCUGCUUCUACUCAUAUUACUCAUCAAAUACAUCAUGCUGAGUAUGUGACUUUCAUCCAAGGUGAUUGGGUCCGCCAAAGCAAUGAUAAUUACGAGCUCGAGUUCCAUUUGCAUGGUAUUACUGAUGGCCGCAAACGGCCGGGCACCAAAUAGACUGAUGAGCUAAGAUCAUAGGAACUCAACCUUUAAGAGCUCAAGUUUAUGAGCAUAUCUGUGAAGAAUUGUAUGUUCUGACCAUAUAAAUAAUAUGUAAUAACUCACGUUUGCCUUGAUUGAAUCUCUUCUAUACCAACCCAGGGCCGGCCCAAGGGUUAAGCGACCCAAGCUAGAGUUUUAGGUCUCAAAAACAAUUUUUUUUUUCAAAGU